CAGCAGGAUGUUGCUCAUCUCAUCAAGCCUCAGACCCGCAGAAGCUUUAGAAAGAGUCCAGAUGCGCCUUUGAAGAGGACAGGCGCGGAGACGCACUUGGAGGACAGAGUUGCACGAAUCAUGCAAAGAAAAGAAAAUCAAAGAUCCGGGCUCUUGAUUUCUGUUAGAGUUACGGCAAACUGCAACUUAAGCCUAAAGGGAAACCAAAAAUGUUCAGGAACAUGCGUCAUAUUUUUCACUUUUUUUUUUUUUGAAUAGGCAGACAGAUUCAAUAGAAAGACGUGGGGGAAUGAUGAUAUUAGUGGUGAAUAGAAGGCUUUACCAAGCGUGUGGCGUACACAAUUAAAGAAACAAAAGCAAAAGCAGUGAACAUUCAACGCAGUUGUGGACUGCCUGACGACUUGAUCUGUCAGUAGCUGACAGAUCAAGAAGGGGGAGGUUUUCCAGGGAAAAGUGACUUCACGCAUCAAAGUCAUUUACACGUCGGAGUCAAUCCAGAUCACAAUGGAGAUGAACGUUCUACUGAUGCUCCUUCCUUUCCUGACAGGUGUAUUUUCACUGAGACCUAAAACAAUAUACACCAGGGCAGGGGAGAUGGUGGUGCUGCGCUGCCCUCAGAAACAUGAUUCUGACACGACUAUCCUGUGGACCAACCAGACGAGACAGGGGAUGGAUGUGACCAGCAUCCUGUCAACACAGUCAGCUGUUUUGAGUCAGAUGGACGUGCUUCUACACGGGCACAUCCUUGUGAUACUCAGCACCUCUUUGAGCCAUCAGGGAAAUUACUCAUGUUCAGCGAGGAAUGCCAGCAGAAGGUUCUGGUUCAGCCUGAUUGUGUAUGAACCCCAGUCCAGAGAGUAUGAAGAGAGGAAUCGUUAUUCCACAACAUGCUACACACAGGAGUCCUGCACACUGUAUUGUCCUACAGCGAACAUCCCCGCUCAUGAUACUCCUAAUAUCACAGGCAGAGGAAUCACGUGGCACAAGGAGGGCGAGACAGUGUCAACACCACACGACUUUCCGAGUGCAGUGGAAAGAGACGGUGGCAUCUACAAGUGCAUCAGAUCUUUCUUGUACGACGGUCAAAUUUAUAAUAUGAGCUUCUCAGUAAUGCUGGAAAUCCAGAAAAGCAAAUAUGGAAAAUCCGAGAUCAUCUCGCCACAGCAAAAUGACGUGUUCCACAUAGACUUAGGAUCAACAUUAGUGAUAGAAUGUAAAGCAGUUGCGUACUCCGACUAUGACGUGGUGUUUUGGCUAAGUGAGAAUUCAUUUGUCGAUAAGGAUGAGAGCCUACCCGUUUUCUACAAUUAUUCAAGUACCAAAUAUAUAGAUGAAGUAAAUAUGACAGCCUCGUUAGUCUUCAAAGACGUGUCAGAGGAGGACCUGUUGAAGAAAUACACAUGUAAACUGGAGUCUGACCACCAACAGUCAAGCUUUAUCACCAUCUCUCUGGCUGAAAAACGUACGCCAGCUCAUCUGGUCUCGUUCUUCCCAGUCUUCUGCACUUUGGCCGUCGUUGCUGUUGUUGUGAUCAUGGUGUUGUUACUGGCGUUCCAUGUGAAAAGGUCCAAAUAUUCCAGUUGCAGAGUAUGCAUUUGUCCCGUGACGGCCAAUGAGAUCUAUGCUAACGCUGGUGACCUGGUGAUGCUAAACUGCAGGGAGUCUAAACAUAAUGGUACCGUAAUGCUUUGGAAGAUGGAGAAAGACCAGAAGAUGCACCUCUACAGCAACAUGUCAGCGUCUGAGCAGCAGAAGCUCGAUGAGCCUCCGCCAAAGUUAGGAAUCUAUUCACCCAAGAAUGGUCAGAUUUUUGAAGUAGAACUCGGCACAAAAAAAGUGAUUGCUUGCAAAGCACUCGUAGAUUCUUGCCAAAAUGAACCAUAUUGGACGAGUGACGGGGAGUUUGUGGACGACUCGGAUUUUUUCACAGAUCCAUGUGAAAAUGAAAAAAUGCCGAAAUGGAUGAAUACAUCUUUAAUUUUCAGAGAGGUGUCACCUGAAAACCUGUCAAAAACUUUUACAUGUGCAUAUUCAAGUCACAAACUCAUCUCCACCGUCAACAUCACCCUCGUUAAAAUAGCUCAACCUUCUCAUGUGACGCUAACCGUAUGCUCUGUCUGCGUUGUGGUGUCGAUGGUGGUGAUCGUUGUUGUUUAUGUGAAGUUUAAAAUUGACGUCACCCUUUUCCUACGAGAUAAAGUUGGCUUUAAAGAUUGCCGAAGCAGCACUUCAGAUGGAAGAAGCUAUGAUGCAUUUUUGAUGUGUUAUAAAAGCAUCACUGAUGGAGGACUGAGUGAGGAAGACAGAAAGUGCCUGGCGAGCACUUUGGAAAAUGAGUUUGGCUACAGCAUCUGUCUUUAUGAUCGAGAUGUCUUACCUGGUCAAGCUGUAGCCGAUGCUGUGUUGGACUGCAUAGAGCAGAGCCGGGCUGUGGUUUUGGUUCCCAGCUUUCCAGAUCCUGAACCAGGAAGUGCAGUGCUGAGUGCCAUCCACUCUUCUCUAGUGGAGCGGAAGACUCGCUUGAUUUUUAUAAACACAGAGCAGACGGAGGCGUCGACGUCGGGUUCGUUUCCAGAGGCUUUGCAGCUUCUGAGUAAAGCCGGGAAUAGCGUCACCUGGAAGGGACGGCCGCCCUCCACCUCCUUCUGGAAGCAGCUGCGUUAUCACUUACCGGCCCCACAGCAAACACCAAAAAUGCAACUUUUAUCACAAGAAUGCUAGGAUGAUAUCCAAACCUAACUCUAACCAUUUUACACUGGACAUACAACAUGAACGAUAAGAAAUGCCAAGUAUUUUGUUUAUGCGUUAACAAAAUAAUGCAGAAAUCAAUUUAAUGAAUGUGUUUAUAUUUAAAAUAUCCUGUUUAUUUAUGACUUUAGUCUACUGAGUACCUCAGUGCAGUACACUAAGAAAAACUGACAUGUGAAUGCAACAAUUAUAUUUCUAUCUUAUUGCUACAGUACAAGUUGAGUAUUUGCAGUUGUUUAUGUAACAUGUGAACAGCACAGUAAAAGUGAACAGCAGAAUGUGAAUUAAUCUCAGCUGUUUUAUUAUUUAAUUUGUACAUUUUUGUUUCUUCAUUUAGAAAUUAAAUUUCUGUGUUUAUUGUCAA